AUGGCCUCGAAAACUCCUCCUGCCUUCGCCGCAUCCUUAUCACUCGUUCUUCUGAUACUUUCUGCCGUCUCUGCUGCUCCGUUGGCCAGAGAAGAAGCAGCGGGCGCGAUUUCCUUACCUGCGCGCGUCGCUCCAACUAACCCCGAUGGGACUUUUAAUCUAGAAGCGGCAAAGCGUCUCAAUCGGAGGGUCGUCGAAAAACAUCGUCAAAACUUGAUGAACCUGAAAGAAAAUUCCGGUGGAGAAUUACCGCAGGGCAUGGAAAUUCCCGACCCCGCCUCAGCUCCACAAGAUCCUGUUCAUGUUCGUCGUACUGAGGAGCAGGGUGGAGACACAGUCAACCUUCCACCACACGACCCACCAACUACAUCCAAUGGCGUUUUUGAUUCAAGCAAGGCGCGCGAGCUCAAUCACAAUGCCUUGGCGAAGUACACCCAAAUCAACUCAAAUUCACAAAACAGCGAUGGAACACCACAGGGUACGGAAUCCUCAGUCAAGACUGGUGGUACUGCAGGCGAUCAAAGCAGUGUCAAAAUUCGCAGAGGCGAUAAGUCCGACAAGAAAGACGAGGAGGGUUUAACGGACGAGGAAGGCGACGUGGAAUGGGCAGGAAAUAUCGAGAUCGGUACACCUAAACAGAAAUUCUUGAUCGAUUUCGAUACCGGUUCGUCUGACCUCUGGGUUGUUGAUAAGUCUUGUACCGAGGGACCUUGUUCAAAUAAGAAGCAGAAAUAUGACGCAGGAAAAUCGAAAACAUCCAAGCAGGAAUCUGGCACCUUUUCAAUCCUGUACGGCGACAAUUCCACUGUAUCCGGUCCAAUUCACUCCGAUACCGUCACUGUCAAAGGAGUGACAGCCAAAGAUCAGAAAUUCUCCUCCGUCACUACUUUGUCCAAGAGCUUUGCAGACGAUCCCACUGCUGGUAUUCUCGGUCUUGCCUGGCCAAAGAUCUCGAACCUGAAAGCCACGCCUUGGUUCUUGAAUGCUGCUGAGCAGGGGGCUGUAAAGACAAAAGAGUUUGGCUUCCACCUUUCCUCCGGCAAAGGAUCUGAGCUCUACCUUGGAGGGACGAAUCCGGAGUUAUACGAGGGCUCUCUUGAGUAUCACAAGGUGGAUCCCUCGGAUGGUUUCUGGAAGGUUUUGGAUGCUAGUAUCUACGUAGGAGGGAAGGAAGCGGGGAAGGACUUCUCAACCAUCAUCGACUCUGGGACGACGCUCAUGUAUGGUCCCCCAGAUGCGGUGAAAGAGUUGUUCUCCAAGGUCGACGGAGCGAAGUUGUAUGACGAGACAGAGGGAUUUUACUCGUUCCCUUGUGAUAAGGUGCCGGAAGUUUCGUUCAGCUGGGGUAAAAAAGGCAAGAAGUUCGUUAUUCCAUCUGAAAACUUUAACCUUGGGACAACUGAGAAGGGUAGUUCUUCCUGUGUUGCGUCGCUGGCCGCUUCAAACCUUGGGCUCGGAAACGCUUGGCUCAUUGGUGACAGCUACAUGAAGGGUGUCUACUCCGGUUUCCGUUUCGGAAAGGAAAAAAUUGAGGAAGAUGCUGCUGUUGGAUUCGCUGAGUUGAAGAAGAAGAAAUAA